GUAGCGCCAUCCACAGGUAGGUUUUGGAGUUUCAGGUGUGUCCGUCUGAUGCUGUUGUGAUCUCACGGUUGUCGCUGUGCAGUAGAAGAUUUUUUUUCUGUGUGCAACCAACCGCAAGAAAUGGAUGUGUUUCUAAUGAUCAGACGUCAUAAGACGACCAUCUUCACAGAUGCCAAAGAGUCUACCACAGUCUAUGAACUGAAGCGCAUUGUGGAAGGUAUUUUAAAGAGGCCACCAGAAGACCAGAGGCUUUAUAAGGAUGAUGUGAUGCUUAAUGACGGACAAACUCUUGGAAACUGUGGCUUCACAAAUCAAACAGCUCGACCUCAGGCCCCGGCCACAGUGGGAUUAGCUUUCCGUCAGAGUGAUGAUUCAUUUGAGCAGCUGAGGAUUGAGCCGUUCUCCACUCCCCCAGAGCUCCCUGACGUCAUGAAGCCCCAGGACUCGGGCAGCACAGCCAACGAGCAGGCUGUUCAGUGAGGCAGGGGGGCGGGGGAAACAAGAGGGACGCACAGGGGGGUUUGGAGGGAGGAUGCACGGGGGCAGGGAGGGGUUGACUUUUGGGAAGUGACGCCUCAGCGGGUGAGUUUUACCUCGCCGACAACAGACCUUCAGCUGAGCAUAAACAAUCACAAACACGGAUUCUCCCUUGUUGUAAAUUUGAGGAGGGGGUUUCAAAGUGGUUCAUUUGUCCUGAAAUGGGUGAAUGCAUGCUAGAUAAAUUGAUAAUUUCACACGAGACCCUUCAGAGAUACCUGACGGACUUAUCACAACACUGUCAGUCAUCCAUGGGAUUGGUAAAGGCUGAACGUUAAGAAUUGUACCUCGUAUUUAAUUAAUUCUAGUCUUUUUUGGGAGUAAGGUUACGCUGCCUUACUUGUGUUUUUUAUUUUGCUGGCUUCAACGUGGGAGUUAACAAGGUGUGACAUUUUUAGGCUUUUAUGUUUGUGUGUUACUUUAUUAAACUAUUACUAGGAUUUAACAUGUUUUUGGUCGUUGGCCUGAAUAUGUGUUGCAACGAUAGCUAGGAGUUUGUGAAUUUCUAAGUUACUAUCUGUAUUUCAACAAACUUUUGGACAACAUGAAUCUGAAAAUAAAAUAGAUUCACUUGUUGGCAGAAGAUCCGGCAUUAAGAUGAACAUUUCUUGGUAUUUUACUUACCAGUAGUUGUAGUUUUCAUACUGUAGCUGCUCACACUAGUUACUGAGACUGAAUGCGCUCAGUCGUGGGUUUCUACAACACAUGCAACACCAGUGUGGACCUGGUGUUCAAAGUGACAUGAUCCACAGGCAAAACAGCAAUCAAAAAUGAACUGAUAACUAUUAUCGAUUUAUUUUCAUAUCAUUUUACCUUAUUAACAAAGGUGGGGACAAACCAAACCUUCCUCUCCAGUGUUUGAUUGUAGCCCAGGGCAUUUUUGAGAUGUCGCUUAAUAGUAAACCUACACUAUUUUAAGUUUUAAAAAUGUAGUAUAAGUGGCAGGCUACACAUUUGACUCUUCAUUAUCUCACAGUCAUUGCUCAUAAGGGUUUAUUUCAUGCUGCAACUGUGUCGUAAUAUACACCAGGAAUACCUUAAUGCACAAUGUUUUCAUAAAAUUAAAAGAAAAUUGGUGAUAAACUCCUCUCCACAUUAAAAUAUUAAAUUGUACAACACUGGUUCUCACUAUUCAAAAAUCUACAAGUAACAAAAAUAUCCCCCAUUAGUUCUAACAGGAAUCUAUUUUCUGAUCUUGGGGUGUUUAAUAAAAUAGUUGACAUAAACCUAUUUAAAAAUUGAGGCUGUUAAACAGUGGAACAUGAUCAAAGUUGCACUUGUGACUGAUUUAACAUUAAAACAAUUGUUUUUCA